CGGGUUUAUGUUUAUGGUGAAUGUUUUGAAAUAGGAAUCAGCAACUUAUAAAAAGCCGGGAAGACAUUUUAAUAAUUAAUUUUCAAUUAUAAAAAAGUCAUAAUUUUAAUUUUUUUAAUCAAGACUGAAUAAAACAAUUCUUACAAAAAUGUACGAUACAACGAUAGCAGAUCGAACUAGGGAUUCAUAUCGAACUUCGACUAACGCCUUGGAGUUAGCAAGUCGUAUGAUUGAUAAACAUAUUAUGAUUGAUAAUGCAGCUCCAACGUUAAUUGAUUUUACGGGUGUAAGUAACCAAUGUGGACCCUCAGCAAGUGGACUUACCGAUAAUGAUUACCCGAAUUUAACUGGAUUAUCGAAAAGUUUUGCUAAUAUUAAUCAAUUAAAAAUUGUAAAUAAAGUUCCUUUACCACCAGAAGUUUUAGAACAUUUUGGAAAUAUGCAAUGUCAUUGUACAAUGGGUCUAUUCCCCGAAAUAAAUCGAGCAUUUCUUACAAUAGACAGUGAUAUUUACGUUUGGACCUACGAACAUGGUUCAGACGUCGCAUAUUUUGAUGGAUUAGGCGAAACAAUUAUAAGUGUGGGUUUAGUGAAACCUAAACCAGGAGUAUUUCAUCAAUUUAUCAAAUAUUUGUUAAUUCUUACAACAACCGUUGAAAUUGUUGUGUUAGGUGUUACAUUCAAUCAAGUUUCACACACAAGAGAAACCCAAGACGAAAUUAAUUUAGUUCCAGAACCAAUAUUUGUACUACCGACUGAUGGUGUACUUGUUACUAAAAUUGUUGGAACAGAAAGAGGUCGAAUAUUUUUAGGUGGACGCGAUGGAUCACUGUUUGAAAUAAAUUAUCAAGCACAAGGAUCGUGGUUUGGGAAACGAUGUAAAAAAAUAAAUCACUCAACAGGAACAUUAUCGUUUUUGGUACCAUCUUUUUUAAAUGUUGCAUUUACAGAAGAAGAUCCUAUUUCUGAUAUAGCUAUUGAUAAUAGUCGACAUAUUUUGUACGUGCUCACGGAGAAAGGUUCGAUUGAGGUGUACGAUCUAGGUGAUAAUGGUGAUGGAAUGUAUAAGAUUGUUAAAGUCUCACAAAAUGCAAUUGUUCAAAGUGCUCUCAAUAUUGUAAAAACUUUGGAUAGUACAAAUUUUCGACCAAUUAUAAGUAUAUCAGCAUUAAAUGGCCAUGAUUCACCAUUGUUACAUUUAGUAGCGGUUGCCGAAACUGGUGUACGAUUUUAUUUCACAACAAUUAAUUUAACAUCAACAUCAACAAAUCAACGUCCCGUUAAAUUACAAUUAAUUCAUGUACGUUUACCACCUGGAUUUUCGGCGAAUGCACCAGCAAUACGUCCAAAAAGUGUACAUUUAGCAAACUAUCGUGAGAAUACUUUAAUGAUGGUGGCUCAACCCACACAAGAUCAAAAUCAUUUAUGGUGUUUGAGUAGUGAUCCGUUCCCAUUCUUGCCAAUUUUAAUGGAAGCUUACACAAUUUUACCGUUGGAUGGUCCAGCAUGGGCUUUACAAGAGGCUGCGUAUAACGAAGAUUCAACAACAAAUUUCCUAAUGAAAAAAGAUAAACUUUCAUUACAAGGUGAUCCACCGUUAGUUGUACGUCAACACAUCGAACCACCACGAAAAUUUAUCGUGCUAACAACACAAGGCGCUCAUAUUGUUAUGAAAUUACGUCCAGUUGAUUUACUACGAGAAAUCUUAAUGGAAAAUAAAGGACCAGAUAGUGAAUUUGUCAAAGCUUAUUUUCAAUCGCAAAAUGAAGAUCAAGCGUGUGCUACAUGUUUAAUUUUAGCAUGCUUAGAAAAUAUACAAAAUAUACAAAUUUCGGAGUGGGCAACCAGAGCAUUUUUCAUGUAUGGUGGAGAACCGAAAGUAUUUAGUACAAUGCCACCUUUAGCAGCAAAUAUUAGUUCUCCAUUUGGUAAUCCACAAGGAUUUAAUCCAGGUUAUGUAUCAACGCCCAUGGGUCAACAAAGAGGACCAGGUUCAAUGUUAUCACCAAUUAAACCUCAACAUAUGCAAAUGCAACAAGAUGUUGGUGGAACACAAAUGUCAUUUUCUGCAAAACACAAUGGUUUAUAUUUGUAUGUUGGACGUAUUUUACGAGAAUUAUGGUGUACUUCAUGCUGUCGAAAAGUUGUUGAAGAUAAUAAACCAUAUCUUGUAAGUAUUGUAACCGGUGAAGAUUGUCUAUGGCUAUUAAAUCAUUUACGCGCCUUACGCAACUUCCUGGAUAAAAAUACCUUACUAGCCCUAAACAGUAACAUCAGUGCCACAAAUCAAACAAUGAUUAUGCAACGUAACAUGAACGAAACAUUUAACAAUACAAGUCAAAUGAUUCCACAAAAUGCAACAACAACACCAGCUCAACGUUUAACUGCCAUACAAGAUGCACAAUUAGAAGAACGACAAUCGUUAGAUGCCCUCAAAGUAUUUGUUGGGCAUGCAUGUGAAGUACUUGGUUUAUGGAAGAUAUUAACUGAACAUCAAUUUCAUUUAAUUGUUGAUAAUUUAUCACGUGAACAUCAGAAUAUGUUGUUUAAUUCAACAUUCAAAGAUAUAUUUGUGAAUGGACAAGAGUUAUUGUGUUAUUUAAUUAUUAGUUUAAUUAAUAGUUAUUUAAAUGAUAAUGCAUCGAUUGAUUUAAUUAGUCGAAAAUUACGUGAAGUCUGUCCGAAUUUGUAUAAAAAUGAAGAUGCUGUAUGUUCUAAGGCUAAUGAAAUACUUUUACUUUCGAAGAAGAAACAAAAUGUCCACGAAAAAGAAGAAUUAUUAUUCUCAGCAUUGAAUUUAUGUAAAGAUGUUGCGCCAAAUUUAAAUUUAGCAGUUGUAUGCCAAAAAUUUAUUGCAAAUGAAUUCUAUCAAGGUGUAUUAGAUUUAUGUGUGACAUGUGCACAAAAAUCAGAUGAUCAAAAUGUUGGUUUACAUUUUUAUAAAAGUAAUAAACCAGCUCAUGAUGAAGAUGGUUAUCAAGCAUAUACACGACGGAUGGAAUAUUAUACAGAAGUCACAAACAUGUUAGAAAUUUUAUAUGAUAAUAAUGUACAAUCUAAUGAAAAUGUUUCACAAUUAGCAUCUUCGGAAUCGAGUUUUGUGAUUCAGGAAGUGAUAAACAGUGCCCUUCAAUACGAUGAUGAAUUAUUACAUAUAACAAUUUACGAUUGGAUGUUCUCUCAUCAAAUGUACUCCGAAUUAAUAACAAUUUCUGAGCCAACAUUAGAACAAUAUUUAAUUCGAGCGUCACAUGAUCAUCCCGAUUCAAUACAAGUUUACAAUUUAUUAUGGAAAUAUUAUGAGCAUAAUAAAAAUCAUCCAGCGGCCGCUAAAGUUUUAAAUGUUUUAGCAACAGAAGGAAAAGGAAUUACAUUGAAACAACGGAUAGAAUAUUUAGCACAUUCUGUAAUGUGUAUGCGAAGUGAUAAAGUUGGAUACGCAGCUCCAUUAGGAAUAUUUUUACGUGAAUUAGAAGAUCGUAUACAGAUAGCACGUGUACAGCAAAAAAUUUUGGAUGCAAUUAAAAAUACAUGUAGUACGCAUCCAAAUGCUGAGGAAGCCAUGAAACAUCUAGAUGAAAAAUUAUUUGAUAUCACAGAGUUAUACGAAAAUUACGCAGAGAAAUUCAAUUUAUGGGAAUGUAAAUUAGCCAUAAUACAUUGUUCUGGUCACGAUGAUGCAUCUUUAAUACAAAAUAUUUGGAUGAAUAUAAUUGUUUCAGAAAUACGACAAUGUCGCGGUUCGCCCGAGGAUAAAAUGACACAACUUUUAAAUAAGAUACAAGCAUUGGCACGAGAUUAUGGUGAUUCCGAAAAUUGUUUUCAACUAAGGGUUAUCAUUAAUUUAUUAGAAAUGCAAUGUUGUAAACUGUCAGGAAAUCCAUCACAAGUUCCAAAUACAUUUUUAUCGAUGAAUAUACCAUUUGUGAAACUAUUGGAUACAUAUAAAUCAUUAUUAAGAGAACGAAUUACAGGAAAUAUUGGUAAUCCAUUUCAUAUGUAUGAAGCAGUUGCGUAUUUAAUUUCUGCUUUUGUACAUAAUCCAAAUAUGGUUAGCCAAAUGGAUCGAUUGAAAAUUGUUACACGCGCAGAAGAUAUUAUUUCAAGUGCCUUAUCAUCGUUGUAUAGUAAACCGCAUACCGAACAAUUAAUUUCACGUUUAAGAAAUAUACAAGCUCAAUUAAGACUUCAUUAAUUCAUUUGUUUUAUUUUGUUUAUAUAGUUAUUCCAUUGUUCGAUACGCAAUUGUUUUU